ACAUGUGCUGCAUUUUGAUCACCAAUAAUCCAGAUUUAGUGUGCCGUAUUUUCACCUCAAUUCAGUUGAGUCUUUUAUUUUAUUCAUCAAUCUGGUGAAAGGUGUGAGCAGCUUCCGGUCUCACUUUGCGUCCAGGAGUCCAGCAGGUGACGUGAACAUAAAGGACAGGUCCUCGCGUGAAUUAACUUCAUCCGUGGGUUUUUGUUUUUGUUUUUUUUUUCCCCCACGCGCCUCUCCACCGGCAGCCGUGGGUGCUGACGCGCGUUUGUCGCGUCGCCUCUCUCUCCUCGCCGCUGUGAGCGCAGCUCGGCGCCAUAGACGCGCGCAGUGGCACAUCUCCAGCCCGCAGUGUGCGCAGCUCCUCCGUGCGCUCUGCGGCUGUAAGGACGUCGGUCCCUUUAGGAGUUCGGGUUCGUUGGGAUUGGUUGAAGUGGGGGUUCGGUGGGAGUUUUUUUGGAGGGGGAGACAGCGGGACAAUGGUGCGCGGCUGGAUCACAGCAGGAUGAUUCGUUCGGGGCUUUUCUCUCCUGACUUUUGGGGAAUGGCUGAUUUACCACAUAAUCUGGACCUGCUGUAUAAUCUGUCUCGGGGAUAUCCCCCCCUCCUCGGCCCGGUAACGCUCGUCAGUCCGCUCACCUUUCUCCUCCCAUCAGUCUCAGCGCGUCUUUAAUUGGAGCUCGCGGGAUAAUUGAUGGCGCUCGUCCUCCCCGGACUCUAAUUCCGCUGCUGGCUGCUGCGACACCUCUCUCUGCGCAGCCCCGCUUGGAUGCUUUUGUCCUCCGUCUGUCGCCCGCCUUCGUGCUUUCGGACCCUGCCGUGACCAUGCCGGUGAGCGCGCUGCCCCGCGGCGGCGGCAUCGGCGGCCCGGGAUCCCUCAGCCCCGCGUCGCUGUCCCGCAGCCUGUCCCGGCUCCGAGAGAACCGGACCCGGACCCGGAUCAUGCUGGCGUUGGGGGUCUCUCAGAUGGUCCUGGGGAGCCUCAUCCUGGCGGUGAGCUUCACGGCUCUGGCGCUCACCACAUCCUCCAGAGUCCGGCAUUCGUGCCCCUUCUGGGCAGGUUUCUCGGUUCUGCUCUCUGGCCUGAUCGGAGUGGUGUCGUGGAAGAGGCCGCUGUCUCUUGUGAUCACAUUCUUCAUGCUGCUGUCUGCAGUGUGCGUGAUGCUCAACCUGGCGGGCUCUAUCCUCUCCUGCCAGAACGCUCAGCUUGUCAACUCCCUGAAUGACUGUCAGCUGUGCGGAUGUGUGUUUUACCCUCCUUCCCCCCAGGUCAAGUUAAGUGAUUCGGUGUGCGUGUGCUGCGAGAUGCCCAAGCAAGGCUCCAGCUGCAGCCAGGGAGAGACUCUGAGGCUGACUCCUCUGCGGGACUGCAACACCAUACGCUUACGUCUCAAGGAGCUGUUGUUCAGUGUUUGUGCCCUGAACGUCAUCUCCACCAUUGUGUGCGCUCUCGCCACUGCAAUGUGCUGCAUGCAGAUGGUGUCGACUGAUGUGCUGCAGAUGUUUAUGCCGCACAGAACCAGAGCCUUAAAUGCAGACUGUGUGACCCCCUACGGAACCAUCCUGCACCAAACCUUGGACUUUGAUGAGUUUAUCCCCCCCAUCCCUCCACCACCAUAUUACCCACCGGAGUACACCUGCACCCCAUCGAUGGAUGGACAGAGAGGCCUGCAUCUGGAUUUCCCCCAUUCUCCCUUCAGCGCGGUCUAUGGGGUCCCUAUUAACAGCCCAGGAACCCUUUACCCAACGGACUUACCUCCACCGUACGAAUCCGUGGUGGGUCAAACUCCUGCCAGCCAGGUCACCACCAGCAUUGAGCAGCAGGGCACUGAGUCCAGUCUCUGUGAGAGGAACACCACAGCAGGACUCAGCACGCAGGCCUCGGUGGACAGUGCAUCACUAAUGGUGUCGGAGGUGGCUGACCAUGACCAGACCUGCUCCUCUGAGGAUUUGUGCUCACUGGAGGUCCAGGGUUCGGACUCCUCUCCUUAUGGGAUGCUGCAGACGGCCCCAAAUGGCGGUAGCUGCACCAGUCUGGAGCUUUGCAUGCGUGCUUCUUCACGCUGCCACCGGGGCUUGCCCAACACCGAUUCCCGCCCAAGUGAUACUGGAUACAGUGACUCACUGGAACGCUCACCAGACUGGUCCUCAGAGAACUUCAGCAAUCUGGACCAGGAGGAUUCAGCAGAGAACACUCAUCCGUGUGAGGAGCUCAGGGCUGCAAUGCACAUCAGUGACGAACUGGCCUCAGCCAAGCAUUUACCAGAGGAUCCUCCCAAAGCAGCAACACACUCCCUAAUUAAAGCUCGGAUGAUGAGCAGGAAGCUCACCCUCCCUGUUGCCAUCCCACCACCGCCACAGCCUUGCUCCCCUACCUCUGUGGCCUCAUCUGGUGGAACGUCGGCCAUCAGCCCAUCAGCUCCUUCCCUUUCACCUUCCCCGCCCACCCGGCCACGAGGUCCCAGGCUGUGUUUUAGCGUUUGGUCUCCCACCCCUACAUCACAGCCCCCGACUACCUCGGGUCAAAGUGGCCAAUCACCUUCAGAAAAACCUCGGUCGCUCAGAGCAGCCAGGAGGUACCGCAAACUGGCACGCAUCGUUCGCUCCACCAGUGACCCCAUCUCCUGCUCCACCACAACAGGAAGAGAAAAUAGUGCCUGCGCCUCUGGAAAUAACCAACCAGCUGAAGACUUGGCUCCAGCAUGCAUAUCUCCAAAAAAUGAACCAAGAGGUGUUUCUACAGAGGUGAUUGGAGAUAAACUCAGUCACGUGCACGCUGCAAAGCAGCAGAAAGAGAGCAAAAAAACAGACAUCCCCUUGAAAUCCAGAUCCCUCCACGCACACUCUCCCCACGAGCGCCCGCACUCCCUCGCCGACCUCAAGAUGUACAAAGACACCAAAAUCUUAGUGGCCAAGUUCCUGGAGCAUUCAAGCUGCAGUCUACCUCCUGAAGUCCAACAAGUUGUCAAUAACAUCAAAUGUGUGAUCAAGUCGGACGAGAAACACAUGGAAGAGGCGAUCUUCAGUGCAAACGUCAUCGAUCAGGUGAUGACUCAGCAUAUCGUUGGCAGUCCCAGAAAGCGUGGACACGAGGAUCUUCACCUCCAGAGCUGCGGUGCUUUGAGUUCCUCCCCUUCCCCAUCCAUUCGCCGCCCUAAACAUCUCCCACAGAGAACCAGCUCCCCUGUUGACCCACAGGGUUCUUCUGAACAAAGCCUUGAGUGCAGAGAAACUAUUCUCUGACCACUGUCCCAACGUGGACUUGGGCUUAAACUCUGAGAGCAUUCCAGGUGCAGGUGUUGCUGUCCUGUGCAGCAGAUCUCUGUGGAGUAUUUCAUAACUCUCCAGAAUUACUAUUUUUUUUUCUUUUGCAUGGCGUGAUUGCAGCACAAAGCAACUGAAAUGCCGUUGUACCGUUCCUAGUGCCCUGUGAGAUCAUGCCAAGUCUUCAGCAGAAAUGGUAGCAAACUCACGCAGAGCCUGCCAGUGUCUGUCGUGGCUUCUAUCUCAUCAGAAGAAAACAAAAAAACAAAAGAAUGUCUCUCCCCUCAGGUCAUCUUUUGUACCGAGGUUCAUCUGUCCAAAGGGAAACAAAGAAGCAGCUGGGAAGUUUGAAAAACUGUGACCGUGCAGACAGUAUCAUUUCUUGUUUUCAAACAGAAACAGAAGAAACGUGUUGUAAUAAACUGUGACCUGAACUGAUAGGGCAUUACUAGCCAUUGUCCGCCGACUCUGUGGGAUUGUUAACGAUAGGGUGAUGAAUAUUUUGUGGUUCAAGAACAUGACAGAUGUGGAUUAUUUAUCUUACCUCAUUGUGUUACAAUUCUUAUCAGUGUAACAAUAAAAUAUGCAUUUGUAUACAGGGGUAUGUGUUUUGAUUUUGUCAAUUUUUAACAAUUAAUGCCAGUUAACAGGCCUUAAUUAUGAAAUGCAGAAUUUAAAAAAGAAAUGUGGUUCAAGAAAGAAUAAAAAAUCAAUUAUUUCUAUCUGUAUUGUAAAAGCCUGCAGUGAUGGACUUUUCAUCAUAUGAAAUGCAUUGCCAGAAUAAAUGAAUGAAAGCUUUUAGGGGUGCUACACCUCCCUGGUUAUGUUGUUCCUUUCUUUAGAGAAAUCUAACUCUUUAAGAAAUAAGUUAAAUACAAAAAAGUAUUAUUGAAACUCUCAGCCACUGCGUUCCAUCAAGAUAAUGAAAAAAAACAUGUAAUAUAUUUGAUUUUUUUUUUUUACUUUUUACCAGCACAAGAUAAGGAGCGAUUGAAAACAAUAGAUUGUUGAGUUAUUUUAACACCUUUUUUUGCUAUCACUCUGUAAACAUUUGGGAACUGAUUAUACCACUUGUAUGUUUAUUUGUACACGUUUUUUCAUCUGUAUAGCCAUUAACAUAGUAAUAACAUUUUUGGUUCUAAAAGCAAAAAUGUCAAGGUUAUCGGCUUUGCGUGAGGUUGAGUCUAGCGUAUUUGUUAUUUGAAUUGUGUUACAUCGAGUAAAACCCUACCCCUUCUCCUAGUGCAGCAUCUCCCUGCACUCCUAUUUGCUCUUUGGGCAGCUGUGGUGCAACGGUAGAGCAGUCGACCUCUGAUUGGAAGAUUGCAGGUUUGGUUCCCGUUCUGCGUCCAUGUGUUGAAGUGUCCUUGAGCAAGACACUGAACUCCACAUUCUUGAUUAUUGGUUGGCGCCAACAGCGUGUACAUGGAUGAAUGACAUUGUAACUGUAAAGUGCUUUGGGCCUUCUAAGAAUGUAUUGACCAUUCUCUCCUCCCAUUGUUGCACUUUUUUUUAACAAUCCUGAACUUCUUCAUUCCAGCACCAAGUCUCCUUAUCGUCUCUCCUUAUUUCAUACCACACAUCAAGUCCCUUACCCCCAGUCUCCUGACCCAUUUUAAAUACAACUGUCCAGUAAUGUGGGAGAACCUCCUGAUCAGUUUUUAAUCAAAAGCCUCUUCUGUGUUCUUCAACUCCCACUUCUGGGUCCCCAUCUUUACCAUUGUCAUCCUCCUCACAACCAAUCAUCCUAUACACCACCAUAUGAAAAAAAAUGAAAAAAAAAACUUUUUAUUUGAGUGCAUACUGUAACAUUUCCUCAAGAAAUUGAUGUAUAUUGUAAUAGAGUUUAAAACAUCUACUUAGGUAAUACAUUUUUAUAUGAAGUUUUAAACCAUAAAAAAUAUAUAUAAAAAGGAAAAUGCAAGACCCAGUUUCUUAAAAAGGAAGCAAAAGAAAUGUUAAAGUGUAACACGUCUAAUAUAGCACAUCAGAAAAAACAAAAAAAAAAAAAAAA